AUGCGCGCUACCAGGAUGUCGGUCGUGGAUUUCUGGAAGAACGAGACGCUUGGUGACGGAUUCAACAUUCGUGUAGCGCACGGUGUUAACAAGCCAUUUCUGAACAAAUCGAUGCUGAUCGAGGGUGACGUAUUUCUGCACACAGCUCGUCGUCCAAGACACCGAGCGAUUCCGGUGAUGAGAACAGAGGCUCGAACGGCCGAUCGGAUCACAUUCAAGGAAUGGCUACGAGAAGUGGCGAACCUUCGCAAAGCAAUCAAAAUCAAUUUUCGAUCAACUGAAGUGAUCCAUCCGGUACUUCAGUACUUAUAUGCUUCUCAAGUAGACCCUCUUGCUCCGGUACUGCAGUACCCAGUUAUUCUUCAUGCGAACGUUUUUCGUUCCCCAUGUAGUGCAGAGAACACCGUAGAUGCGUCAACGUUUGUCGACCGAACUCGUCGGCUCUUUCCGGAUGCGACGAUUUCGCUUGGAUGGACGAAGCAGUCAAAUUUUACAAUGCUUAAUCCGAAGUACAAGAGGCUAGUUUGUAUAAUGCUCUCUUGGAAACAACUGUUUCAAAUACUCGAGUAUAUCGCCCGCCUCGAUCAACCGGUGAUGCUUUGCGUUCGCCUUUCAGUGGCUUCAAAUUCUAAAGAUCAACUCCUAUGGCUUCUUGGUAUGGAAAAAGCGGUCUCGCUGCUGAUUUGGAGUGAUCAAGAUGAUGAGGAUAUCGACUGGUCAUCCGUGGUCGACAUUCGACGUAUGGCCACGAAAAACCGUGUUCUCUAUGAUUUACAACCUCAUCAUCGUGAAAUCAUACAACGAAUUCCUAUGCAGCCAGUGAUAGUCCAGAACGAUGUCGGCUUUUCGUUGUCGUCUUGGCGUGUCGUGGAGUUCGCCACCUCAAAUGAAAUGCUGUCGGCAGUGGUGCGUUCCAGUAAAGGUGCCGUAUUUGUGGGACACCCAGCCGCAUUUCUAAUCUCCCAGAGAUCACCGCCGUUGUUUCCCAGCUCACAACAAAUUGACGGAAAGGUCCGUUUUCUUUCGAAAGCUGUCAAGAACGAAAUUGAACUUGACGAUCGAACUGGUCUUGUUAUUUAUCUAAUGGAUAAAGUGUUUAUCGGACACGAUGGACGUAUAGCAAUUGAGAAUAAGGAAUCAGCUUUGCCAUACUACGAAGCGAAAUCUGUCGCACAAUUACCCUACGCGGAGUGCUACGGAUUUACCGUGACCGACAAGGGAUGGCGAGUAAUAGCCGACGUGUGGAUGACUCACUGCGAGAAGGAGCACAAAAAGCGUCGCAAAAGAGACACAGUCAGAUUGGAACUUGACACUCCGUUCCUAAAUCGUCGUUCGCUGAGGAAUGUGGUUGUAGCGAAAUCUGGCGAUGGUGUUGUGGACUUCCUACUCGAAGAACUCCAUCACAACUCUAUUGGCUUUCCGGUAACCAUAAUUGUCUUCACCAUCUCACUCUUCGCUUGGUUACUGUAG